AUGCCGCCCUUUCCCUGGACAGCAUUGCAGACGCACGAUGGAUACGAAGUUUCGCGCCAGGGUGGGACGAUCAGACUGUGUCUGAAUCGCCCUGAGCAGGGAAACGCGCUGACGCUGUCCAUGAUGCAGGAUAUCACCCUGUUAUUCAAAGCCUUGUCGACGGACGCCUCGGUGCACCGCAUUAUCAUCACCGGUUGCGGCCGAUAUUUCUGCACCGGAAUGCAGCUCAAGGAGGAUCUCUUUGGCUCGGUCUCACAGCGAAGAACCGCGCUUCAAGACCUUUUCAGUGUCAUCGACACAUGUCCAAAGACAACGAUUGCAGUUAUCAACGGACCGGCCUUCGGCGGAGGCGUUGGACUAGCCACUGUAUGCGAUGUUCGCUUGGCUUUGUCGACUAGCUUCUUCUGCUUGAGCGAAGUCAAGCUAGGCCUGUGUCCCGCCAUUAUUUCCAGGUUUAUAGUGCGCGAGUGGGGCACUAGUCUUGCGAGAAUGGCCAUGAUGACGGGCCGGAGGGUGGAGUCACAAACCCUCUACGGCGCGGGAGUACUCCACGCACUCGCACCAGACAUCGACUCACUGGAGAAAAUCACGGAAGAAUUUCUGUCGGCAAUGAGGUUGGCUGCCCCUCAAGCUUCUGCAUUGUGUAAGAUGCUGGUUCGCGAGACUGCCUGGGAUGGCGACACGGAAACCACGGUUGGCGAGGUAUUUGCGGCCAUGUUGGCGGAAAACUCGGAAUCGUCGUAUGGAGUUGCGCAAUUUCGAAAGGGGACCAAAGCUAUUCUGUGGGAAGAUAGAGACGGAAACGGAUGUAUUUGA